AUGGCAGCUGGAGAGUCCCCUCCCGUAGGAGAUGUCUUCAUCGACCUGCAGCAGGGCAGAGAUCGUGCAGAGAAGGCCUCUCCUGGUGCCGAGGACGAUGAGGACUUGGAUAAGACUUUGUCAAUCGAGAGAUUUGGGGACCUGAUAAGCAAAUCAGCAUCAAGCAAUCUGGAGAAGCAAAGACGCAGCUACAGUGAGAGAGAUUUUGAAUUCCACCGCCGAACCUCGCACCACAUCCAUCAUCCCCUUUCCACUCACCUCCCUUCUGCCCUCAAGUUCCAAAAGAGGUCCCCCCGUGCUAGUAGGAGGAAAAAAAGGAGGAGGAAAAAGAAGAAAACCUCAGUGCCCCCCUCGGAGGUGACCCCCACCAUCCAGGAAGAGGACGAGGAGGGGGGAGAAGAGGAGGAAGAAGAGGAAGAAGAAGAAGAGGAAGAAGGAGAGUCUGAGGCAGAAGAGGCCCAGGAGAAAGAGAUCUCUGCAGAGUCUGAGGGCGAAGCUCGUGGGAAGGACACGUCCCCUAAGCUGGAGUCCCCAAGCAAACCAAAGUUCACCAUCGGCAGCGAUGAGGAGGAGUCCGGCACCGCUCUGGCCCCUGCCCAGUUCCACGUGGAGGAGGAGUGUGGCAUCCUGUCCCCUGUGCCAUGCUUUGCUGACCUGCUGCAGGACAAGGGCCCUGCCUCCCUCCGCAGCCUCCCUGGGCCUCGGGAACGUCUGUCUCGCGGGUGGGAGAAGCGCAAGCCUUGGGGCCAGGUGGCGAGCGGACAACGGGUUACCUAUGACUUGAAGGAGAGGAUGUGCAUCGGCAGCAUGACCACACUGGAGAGCGCAGCAUACCAGCGCGUCCCCACGGACGAGGCUGAAGCCCAGAUGCUGGCGUCUGCUGACUUGGACGGCAUGAAAAGCCACCGUUUUGAAGAUAACCCUGGUGUGAGGAGGCAUCUGAUGAAAAAACCAUCUCGGAGUCAGAUCACCAGGACAAGUAAAAAAUUAGCAUCAACUCCAUCUGUGAAGAAAAAGAAGAAGAAGAAGAAGUUGGAUAGAAAGCCCCAUGAGGUGUUUGUGGAGCUGAACGAGCUGGUGGUGGAUAAGAACCAGGAGAUGCACUGGAGGGAGACGGCCCGCUGGAUCAAGUUUGAGGAGGAUGUGGAGGAGGACACAGCAAGGUGGGGGAAACCCCACGUGGCCUCACUGUCCUUCCGCAGCCUGUUGGAGCUCAGGAAGACAAUUGCCCACGGUGCUGUCCUCCUUGACCUGGAGCAGACCACACUGCCCGGCAUCGCUCACCUCAUGGUGGAGACCAUGAUCAUCUCUGACCAGAUCAGAGCGGAGGACCGAGCCAAUGUGCUGCGCGCCCUGCUGCUGAAGCACAGCCAUCCCAAUGAUGAGAAGGAGGGCUUCUUCCCGAGGAACCACUCCAGCUCCAGCAUGAACUCUAUCGUGGGGAACCACCACCACAAUCACACCACCGACACCUGCAUGCCCCUCAUGGGGGAAGAGCGCAUCGAGAUGGCCGACCCCAAGGCCCAUGAGACUGAGUGCAAGGAGAAAAACCCACAUCUCCAUAACUCUGAGGGCCACCGUAAAUACCUGAAGCUAAUGGAGAAGAUCCCUGAAGAUGCGGAGGCCACAGUGGUCCUCGUGGGUUGUGUGCAGUUCCUGGAGCAGCCAACUAUGGCCUUCGUCCGACUAAAUGAGGCCGUCUUCCUGGAAUCUGUCUUGGAGGUCCCGAUUCCUGUCAGAUUCAUCUUUGUGCUGCUGGGACCGAGCCAGGCCAACAUGGACUACCAUGAAAUUGGCCGCUCAAUCUCCACCCUCAUGUCCGACAAGCACUUCCAUGAGGCUGCAUACAUGGCAGAUGACCGUCAAGACCUCCUCAACGCAAUCAAUGAGUUCUUGGACUGCAGCAUUGUCAUCCCCCCAUCGGAGGUGGAGGGGAAAGACUUGCUCAAAUCCAUUGCCACCUUCCAGAAGUUGCUGCUGAGGAAGAGGAAGGAGAGGGAGCAGAAGUCCAUGAAGGAGGGUGCUGUCCAGGAAGCCAAAGAGCUGUGUGAAGUGAAAGCUGAGGAAGAAGAGGAGGAAGCUGAGGACGACCCUUUGAAGCGGACCGGGAUAUUUUUUGGAGGUCUGGUUCGGGACAUAAAGCGCAGGUACCCCAAAUACCUCAGUGACAUCAGAGACGCCUUGCACAGCCAGUGUCUCGCGGCCGUUCUCUUCAUCUACUUUGCUGCUCUCUCUCCUGCCAUCACCUUCGGGGGACUCCUAGGAGAGAAAACUGAGGGUCUCAUGGGGGUCUCCGAGCUGAUAAUCUCCACCUCGGUUUUAGGGAUCCUCUUCUCCCUGCUCGGAGCCCAGCCGCUCCUGGUCAUUGGCUUCUCAGGGCCUCUGCUGGUGUUUGAAGAAGCUUUUUACAAGUUCUGCCAGACACAAGGCAUUGAGUAUCUGACAGGCAGAGUGUGGAUUGGCUUGUGGCUCAUCGUCUUCAUCUUCAUUAUCGUGGCAGCUGAGGGAAGCUUCUUGGUGCGCUACAUCUCGCCCUUCACCCAGGAGAUCUUUGCUUUCCUCAUCUCCCUCAUCUUUAUCUACGAGACCUUCUACAAACUAUACAAGGUGUUUGCAGAACAUCCUCUGCUCAAGUUCUACCCACCGAACGUGCAGAACGGCCUGAAUGCCAGCAUGCUCUCUGCGGAUGCGAUGUCACUGGGAAUCAGGAUGCAGCCCAACACUGCUCUCCUCUCCCUCAUCCUCAUGCUAGGCACCUUCUUCAUUGCCUUCUUUAUGCGCAAGUUCAAGAACAGCCGUUUCUUAGGAGGAAAGGCUCGGCGGAUCAUCGGAGACUUCGGGAUCCCCAUCUCCAUCCUGGUCAUGGUGCUGGUGGAUUACACCAUCACGGACACAUACACGCAGAAGCUGAAUGUCCCCUCUGGCCUGUCGGUCACAUCUCCUGACAAGCGUGGCUGGUUCAUUCACCCCAUGGGCAGCAGUGGGACCUUUCCGAUGUGGAUGAUGUUUGCCUCUGCCAUCCCUGCCCUCCUGGUCUUCAUUCUUAUCUUCAUGGAGACACAGAUCACUACGCUGAUUGUGAGCAAGAAGGAGAGGAAGCUGCUGAAAGGCUCUGGCUUCCACCUGGACCUGCUGCUCAUUGGCACUAUGGGGGGGCUUUGUGCACUCUUUGGGCUGCCCUGGCUGACUGCGGCAACGGUGCGCUCUGUCACCCAUGUCAAUGCCCUGACGGUCAUGAGCAAGGCCAUUGCACCAGGAGAAAAGCCCAAGAUCGAGGAGGUGAAGGAGCAGCGUGUGACCGGAGUGCUUAUUGCUGCCCUCGUCGGUCUGUCCAUUGUGAUGGGGAACAUGCUGCGGCAGAUCCCGCUGGCUGUGCUCUUCGGCAUCUUCCUCUACAUGGGGGUUACAUCACUCACCGGCAUCCAGCUCUACGAGCGGCUGCUCCUGAUCUUCAUGCCAUCCAAGCACCACCCUGACCACAUCUAUGUUGUCAAGGUGAAGACCUGGAGAAUGAAUCUCUUCACCUGCAUUCAACUGGCCUGCAUUGUGCUGCUCUGGGUGGUGAAAUCUACAGUGGCAUCCCUGGCCUUCCCCUUCAUCCUGAUCAUGACAGUGCCAUUGCGACGCUUCGUGCUGCCCCGCUUCUUCCACGAUAGGGAGCUCAAAGCGUUGGACUCAGAGGAUGCGGAGCCGAACUUUGAUGAGGACGGCCGGGAUGAGUACAACGAGCUGCACAUGCCUGUGUGA